UGCGGCAUCCUGACAGUCAGUGAGCAACGAAGAAGAGCCAAGAAAGACAGCCACAUCGAGACAGCAUGCUACUCAUAAACGUACACAUUCUAACUACUACUAUUUAGAUUAGCAACAGAAUUUCACCUUUGUCUUAUUUUUCUUUUGUUUGUCUUGCCAUUCCAUCUCAACACCGGCUUUGCUUGAGCGUAAAGAUGCCAGUCCAGUGUAGCAGCUGUGCUGAAAAGCGUGCUGUGCUGAAACGUCCCAAAACGGGCCACUCGCUCUGUAAGGAGUGCUUCUUUUGGGCCUUUGAGGAAGAAGUGCAUCAAACCAUUGUGGCAGCAAAUCUAUUCAAACCCGGUGAGGCCGUUGGGAUUGCAGCUUCUGGUGGCAAAGACUCCACAGUUCUCGCACACGUGAUGAAGCUCCUGAAUGAGAGGUACUCGUACGGCUUGAAUCUCAUGCUUCUCUCCGUGGACGAGGGCAUCACUGGUUAUAGAGAUGACUCUUUGGAGACUGUGAAGAGGAACCAGCAACAGUAUGAGCUGCCACUGAAGAUCGUGUCGUACGAGGAGCUAUACGGCUGGACCAUGGAUGCCAUUGUGAAGCAAGUGGGACUGAAAAAUAACUGCACUUUCUGUGGCGUUUUCAGACGACAGGCACUUGAUAGAGGAGCAGUCAUGCUGAAAGUGGAUAAGAUUUGCACAGGUCACAAUGCCGACGAUGUUGCGGAAACGGUGUUGAUGAAUGUCUUACGAGGGGACAUCGCCCGUCUACGCCGCUGUACAGCCAUCUCAACGAACAGUGAGGGCGACGGUGUCGUGCCACGCUGCAAGCCUCUCAAAUACGCGUACGAGAAAGAGAUCGUUUUGUAUGCCUAUUUCAAAAAGUUGGACUAUUUUACCACCGAAUGCAUCUACUCCCCCAACGCUUAUCGCGGCUAUGCACGGACUUUUUUAAAAGAUCUAGAGAGCAUACGUUCCAGCUCCAUCAUUGAUAUCAUCCAUUCAGGGGAAAAUCUUUCCAUACGGGAGGAUGUGAAGAUGCCUGUGCAGGGUAUCUGCAGCAAGUGUGGCUAUAUCUCUAGUCAGAUGUUGUGUAAGUCAUGUGUGCUGCUGGAGGGUCUGAACAGGGGCCUGCCCAAGCUGGGUAUUGGAAAACACCAUCGAUUGCAUGAGAAAAUUGUCAACAAUGAGCCACUUACUGAAAAGGAGGAGAGAAAGUUAAAAGUCGUUGACAUUUGACAAAUGUGACAUUUUUACAUGAAAAUGAACAUUUGUUAUGAACUUGAGCUCUGCCUUUAUGUAUUCAUUUGGAUAAAUCUUUUGCAUUUUAUGUUGUCAUUCGUACCGUUGCUCAGCUGUCAUUAUGACUUAAAUCGGUCAGUAAUUACUCACUGAUACUUGUAUCCUUUCUUUUUGAAAAUAGAAACACAUGAAUAUACCAUUGGAUAACGUCCCUGGUAUUUUCCAACAAAGUAUUUAAUA